UUACUAUAUACCAUUUCUAAUGCAAAACAAGGCAUCAAUCAAUCAAUCAAUCAAAAACUCAAAAAUAACUAAGCACUAAUCAACCGCAUCAACAUCAUCGUCAUCGUCAACGAUGAUGCAGCAGCAGCAAGGCCCCGCCGAUUUGGCGCAGCUUCAGUCCACUAUGCAAGCUAUCGAGCUCGCCUGCUCCUCCAUUCAGAUGCAUAUGAAUCCAGCACAAGCAGAAGCAACUAUUUUGUCGCUAAAUCAGUCUCCUCAUCCCUACAAGGCUUGCCAGUUCAUUCUCGAGAAUUCUCACCUUGCAAAUGCGAGGUUUCAAGCAGCAGCAGCGAUUCGUGAUGCUGCUAUUAGGGAAUGGAGUUUUCUAGCUGCUGAUGACAAGAAAAGCUUGAUAAGUUUUUGUUUGUGUUAUUUUAUGCAACAUGCUAGUUCACAAGAGGGGUAUGUUCAAGUGAAGGUUUCUUCUGUAGCUGCUCAAUUAAUCAAAAGGGGAUGGCUUGAGUUUACAGCUGCUGAGAAAGAAACUUUUUUUUAUCAGGUAAACCAGGCUGUGCUUGGAAUUCAUGGAGUAGAUGUGCAAUUUACUGGAAUCAAUUUCCUAGAAUCUUUGGUUUCAGAGUUCUCACCUUCUACUUCUACUGCCAUGGGCCUUCCUAGGGAAUUUCAUGAACAGUGUCGAAGGUCAUUAGAGCAAGACUAUCUUAAGACAUUCUAUUGCUGGGCGCAAGAUGCUGCCAUUGGUGUCACAAAACGAAUAACUGAAUCUGAUCGUGAGAUACCUGAGGUCAAGGUUUGUACAGCUGGACUACGUCUCAUGCUUCAAAUCUUGAACUGGGAUUUUCGGUACAAUACAUAUGCUACUAAAGCUGGUAUAGAUGUUUACACAUCUGCAGUUAGAGCAGACAAUAUUUCACUGAAGAGAUCAGAGUGUACCGUAGUGCAGCUUGGUCCAGCAUGGCGUGAUGUUUUAAUUUCAAGUGGCCAUGUUGGAUGGCUCUUGGCCUUAUAUGCAGCAUUAAGAGGGAAGUUUUCACAUGGAGGUUACUGGCUGGAUUGCCCCAUUGCAGUUACUGCUAGGAAGCUUAUUGUACAAUUCUGCUCCUUGACAGGGACUAUUUUUGUUUCUGAUAAUGGACAAAUGCAAGAACAACAUUUACUACUACUACUUUCUGGGAUAAUACAGUGGAUAGACCCUCCUGAUGCUGUUUCACAAGCAAUUGAAUCUGGGAAAAGUGAUAGCGAGAUGCUUGAUGGCUGCCGUGCAUUGUUAUCUAUGGCAACUGUUAUAACCCCAGUUGUGUUUGACCAACUCUUAAAAUCUAUAAGGCCAUUUGGCACUCUUGCCAUGCUAUCCACCUUGAUGUGUGAAGUUAUCAAAGUUCUUAUGACUAAUAUCACAGAUGAGGAGACUUGGAGUUGGGAGGCACGUGAUAUCUUAUUAGAUACUUGGACCACAAUACUUGCGCCAACCGAUGGUACAGGUGGGAACCCAUUGCUUCCACCUGAAGGGAUAAAUGCUGCCUCCAAUUUAUUUGCUAUAAUUGUAGAGUCUGAGCUAAGAGUGGCUUCGGCAUCAGCAAUGUUUGACGAAGAUGAAUGUGAUUAUAAUCAGGCUUCCAUUUCUGCCAUGGAUGAAAGAUUAAGUUCUUAUGCUCUUAUAGCAAGAGCAGCAGUUGAUGUCACAAUUCCAUUACUAACAAGACUUUUUUCCGAGCGCUUUUCGCAGCUUCAUCAGGGCAGGGGCAUCAUUGAACUAAUUCCGACUCUUGAGGAAGUUUACUCAUUGUUACUGAUAACUGGGCAUGUACUUGCGGAUGAAGGGGAGGGAGAAACACCUCUGGUUCCAAAUACCAUUCAAACUCAUUUUGUGGACACUGUGGAGGCAAGCAAGCAUCCCGUUGUUGUGCUCUCGAGUUUAAUAAUAAAGUUUGCUGAGCAGAGUUUAGAUCCAGGAAUGAGAAGUUCAGUUUUCAGUCCUCGACUCAUGGAGGCUGUGAUAUGGUUUCUUGCAAGAUGGUCUCGUACAUAUCUAAUGCCAGAAGAGUUUAAAGAUAGUAACAAAAAUGCUGGCCAUGAUAAUGAGUAUCAAUUUCAGCAACUGCAAUCCAGAAAAGCUUUGUUCAGUUUUUUUGGAGAACAUAAUCAAGGGAAAAAUGUGCUUGACAUUAUUGUUCGCAUUUCAGUGACAACACUGUUGUCUUAUCCUGGGGAGAAAAACUUGCAGAGUCUCACUUGCUACCAACUACUUCAUGCGCUUGUUCGCAGAAAAAACGUUUGUAUUCACCUUGUCACAUUGGAUUCAUGGCGUGAACUAGCUAAUGCUUUUGUUUCUGAGAAGGUCCUUUUCUCAUUAAAUACUAAUAAUCAACGCUCAUUGGCUCAAACCCUUGUCCUUGGUGCUUCUGGAAUGAGAAAUUCAGAGGCAUCUAAUCAAUAUGUAAGGGAUCUCAUGGGUCCAAUGACAAAUUAUCUGGUGGAAUUGUGUAAGAAGAAUAACCUCAAAAGUGUUGCUCAACAACCAGAUGUCAUUUUAACAGUCAGUUACUUGUUGGAGCGGCUACGUGGGGCUGCUAAUGCCUCAGAACCUCGGAAUCAGAGAGCUCUUUAUGAGAUGGGAUUUUCUGUGAUAAAUUAUGUUCUGGUUCUCCUUGAUGUGUACAAUAAUGAGCCUGCAGUUGUCUAUCUGCUACUAAAAUUUGUUGUUGACUGGGUUGAUGGGCAAAUCUCCUACCUGGAGGCUCAAGAAACAGCUGUUGUUGUUGAUUUCUGCAUGCGUUUGCUUCAGCUCUACUCCUCUCACAAUAUUGGCAAGAUAUCGGUGAGUCUGUCAAGCAGCUUACUUAGUGAGGCAAAGACAGAGAAAUAUAAAGACUUGCGUGCUCUACUUCAGCUUCUUUCAAAUCUUUGUUCCAAAGACAUGGUCGACUUUUCAUCAGAUUCCAUUGAGGCACAGGGGACAAAUAUAUCUGAGGUGGUUUACUUUGGUCUUCACAUAAUUACACCGUUGAUUUCCUUGGAGCUGCUGAAAUACCCCAAGCUUUGUCAUGAUUAUUACUCAUUGCUAUCACAUAUGUUGGAGGUUUAUCCUGAAACAGUUGCACGUCUAAAUAAUGAAGCUUUUACUCAUGUACUUGGAACUCUCGAGUUUGGACUUCGGCACCAGGACACGGAGGUAGUGAAUAUGGUACUGAGAGCUCUCAAAGCUCUCGCUUCCUUCCACUACAAGGAGACACGUGCUGGCAAAGUAGGUUUGGGCUCACAGGCCACGGGUAUCAAGGAUCCACAAGGCAAUUUGCAGGAAGGCAUUUUGAGUCGCUUCCUUAGAUUGUUACUGCAUUGGCUCCUUUUUGAAGAUUACAGCAUUGAUCUAGUCAGUCCUGCAGCAGAAGCACUAUUUCCAUUGAUCCUUUGUGAACAAGACAUAUACCAGAAAUUAGCGAACGGGUUGAUAGAGACACAAGCAAAUCCGACACUCAGAUCAAGACUGACAAGCGCAAUACAUUCCCUCACAAGCUCCAAUCAGCUAUCAACUUCUUUAGAUCGUAUGAAUUACCAAAGAUUCAGAAAGAAUGUAAACAACUUCUUGAUUGAAGUUCGUGGGUUUUUGCGGACAGUGUGAUGCAUGCAGUUCGUGGUGUAAUUAUCAGUUGUUAUUUUUGUUCUAGCUUCUCAUCCCGAUAGAGAGUUGAUUGGAUAGGAUUUGAUUGCCAAGUGAUCAGACACAGGCUAGACCAAUGUUUGUUCAUAACAAACUCAAAGAUCAGUCGGAUGUGAUUUGAUCGACGGGUGAUCUAGGAUAAGUAAUUUCAUCAAAUAGAAUGUUCCACAGUGCAACACAACUACAAGGAAGCAGCUAGUAGAAUGAAUUUUCUUGUCCUACCACAAUUUCAUAGCAGCCUAAGUUCUUUGUUCUCUCAAAUCUUUUUGGUUCGUGAAUUGUAUUAGUAAUUUUUAAAGAGAGAGAAAUAUGUUUUAUAUUUUGAGAGUGAAAAUUAUUAUUUAUUUAAAUUAAAAAUAAUUUAAUAUGUAAUAAUUAUUAUAUUUUUUUAUUGAUUUUAAUAAACUCAAUGAGUGAUAUUCAUUUUUAA